AUGGACAGAGCUAAAGAAUUAUUUACAAAGGUUUAUGGUAAAAUAUUUGAAUCAUAUGACUUUUUCUUUGGCAGAUUUAUACAACAGUUGUUUACUAAACCAUCAUCUAUUUUAUUUCUUGGUAUAGAUAAUGCAGGUAAGACAACUCUUGUUAGGAAAUUAAAACAUGGUACAAAUGAGACAUAUAUGCCUACUCGUCAUCCAAGUAGAACACAAAUUGAUAUAGGCAAUUUAAAGGCUACAGUCAUUGAUUUAGGUGGUCACAAGGCUGCACGCGUCGUGUGGACCAAAUAUUUUUACAACUGUGACGGAAUAAUUUUUAUAGUCGAUGUAAAUGAUACAGCAAGAUUUGAUGAAGUAAGAGAGACUUAUAAUGAAGUACGUAAAUUAGAGAAGAAAGCUCCUAUCGCCGUUUUAAUGAAUAAGAUAGAUAUUGAGGGCAAGACUGAAAAUGAUGUGCAGUGGACAGAAGAUAUUAAGGCCCGCACUGGUAUUUACGAUUCACCUGGAAGUGAGACAGAACAGCCCGUAAAUGUUGCUUGGGUGAGUAUUGUACAAGAAAGUAGUGAUGCACUAACUGGUCCUCUUGCUAUGUCUUUUAAAUGGCUUGAAAUGAUGAUAAAUAAAACAAGACAAUAA